GUAAGCAGCACUAUGGCACCACUGUCGUACUUGGCACUGCUGAGCAUUUCUUGCCUGUUAGCAGCCAUCCACGGGAGUGAAAGCAGAGCGUUCAAUGAGUUUCCAGAGGGUUUCCUGUUUGGAGCUGCCACUUCAGCCUACCAGGUAGAGGGCGCCUGGAACGAAGACGGCAAAGGAGAGAGCAUCUGGGACCACAUGCUGCACGAACAUCCAGAGUACGGCCACAGAGGGGAGAACGGAGACGUAACCUGCGAUUCGUACCACCAUUAUGCUGAGGACGUACAGGCGCUCAAGGAUUUGGGGGCUAAAGUAUACCGUUUCUCCAUCUCUUGGUCGCGUAUACUGCCUAACGGGGACAUAGACGUGAUCAACCAGGCGGGGAUUGACUACUACAACAACCUCAUCAACCUGCUACUGGAGAAUGACAUUCAACCGUUGGUGACGAUGUACCACUGGGACCUACCGCAAGCCCUGCAGUACAUAGGGGGCUGGCCCAACCCCAUCCUAGCGGACUACUUCCUCGAGUACGCCAGGGUGCUCUUUGACAACUUCGGUGACAGGGUGAAGAUGUGGCUGACAUUCAACGAGCCUUACGAGUUUACGAAAGGCUACGCCACCACCGGCGGCCACGCUCCGUCGCAGGAAGCUCCUGGCAUUGGCGACUACCUGGCAGCACACACCGUCAUCAGAGCCCACGCAAAAGUCUACCGCCUCUACGACGAGCAGUACCGCUCCACGCAGAACGGUAAAGUCGGAAUCACACUAAACUGUGACUGGUUCGUACCAUAUGAUGACCAGGAGGAAUCCCUGGAGGCUCAGGAACGUGUGAUUCAGUUCCAGCUGGGCCUGUACGCCAACCCUAUCUACGUCGACGGCGACUACCCGGCUGUGGUGCGAGAACGUGUGGACAACAACAGCAGAGCCGAAGGUCGACCCAGGUCUCGGCUGCCCAGCUUCACAGAGGAGGAGAAGCGGAUGAUCAAUGGUUCUUCUGAUUUCUUUGGACUGAAUUCAUACACAGCAAGUCUUGUGAAGUCUGGAGACGUGGGUGGCUCACCAUCAUUGGAACACGACACUGGCGUUCAGCGAAUAAUCAACUUCACUUGGCCUGGCAGCGGCUUAAUAUGGUUCAGGGUUGUGCCAUGGGGUUUCCGUAAUAUUGUUAACUGGGUUUCAUCGAGAUAUCCGAACUACCCUAUUUUCAUCACGGAGAAUGGCUAUCCCGAUCUGGGAGGACUCGAAGAUGAAAAACGCAUCAGUUAUUACGGGCAAUACUUGGCAGAAUUACUGAAAGCUAUCAAUGAAGAUGGGGCCAAUGUAAUUGGUUAUACAGCUUGGAGUCUUCUCGACAACUUGGAGUGGAAUUCUGGUUUCAGAACAUAUAUCUGCUGUCACUUGCUUGAGGGAAAAAAGUCACCCGUACACCAGUAGUCAAAGCGCGAUCUUCAUUUAGCUGCUCCUUUAGAUGAGUAUUCUUUUUUGUUCCCUUUCUUAUCGGGUAGCCCAGCAGUGGAUAAGAAACUUUCUUCCUGUUUCACUUUAUACUAAGCUUUUAGGGUGAUUCUAUAUUCACAUACAGACUGUUUUAUUACUUUUGUUGACAUACAGCGUUGUAACUAAUCCUGUAUUACUUUGUUAAUGAGUCUGUAGAUAUUUGUGUCAUUUCUUAUACUUUUACAGACCGAAGUUCGGCAUCUACCACGUGGAUUUCAACAGCACUGAGAGAAUAAGAACGCCAAAGGCUUCAGUAAGCUUCCUACAUGGGAUCUACAGCAACAUGAGUGUACCAGAAGAAUACUUUACGUAAUUGCGUAAUAAAACAACAGUCUAUGGCUAUUUUAAUAUGAAUAGUCGAUAUAUGUACGUAACAUAAUAACAUGCGAGACCAAGACUACAGGUACCUUGUAUGUCAAAGCUAUCAUCAAUAACAUGCCAUAUAGAUAGUUCUUGUUACAGUAUAGGUUUCGACAAUAAAACAAUAUUACUAAUCCA